GCACACCACCGUCCGCUUCUUCUGCUCAGUCGUCGCCGCCUUCGCGCGCCUCGUGCGCGAGCUCCGCAGGGCCGCGUCGUCGUCGGCGAUGUCGUCUCCCGUCGGCCUUAUUGCCACCGCGCCGCUGCCGCUGCGUAGGAAGACGAAGCUCGUGGCCGCGCUCGCGCCGCCGCAGCCGUCGUCCGUGGUUGCCCGUCCGGCGGAGGUGUGCGACGCCGUCGUCAGUGGAGUCGGGGCGGUAGAUCAGCCGCAGCAAGCUGAGAGCAAGAGGAAGAAGACGACCGCGUGGUCGGCGAGGGGGCGGCCAUCGAGGCUCGUCAUACCGGUGGCGGAUGACGCCGGCGAGCUGGCCGCCGGCUGGGGCGCGGCCGCCGCGCCGGUGAAGGAGGCCGACGUGGAGGUGGAGGGCGAGGGGUUCUGGCUGGCGAGUAGGGCUGGGCCGAGGCAUGCGAUGGAGGAUGCCUACUCGGUGGUCACCCACAAAAAUGGUGGUGAUUCCCAGCUGGCAUUCUACGGUGUCUUCGACGGGCACGGCGGCCGCGCGGCCGUGGACUUCGUCUCCCAGCGCCUCGGCCAGAACGUCGUCUCCGCGGUGCUCGCCGCAGGGGCGGAGAGGCGCGACGAAGCAUCGUUGGUGGUGGUGGAGGACGACGACGCUGUCUCGGCGGCGAUCAGAGCCGCCUACUUGGCCACCGACAGCGAGCUCCUCGCGCAACAUCAGCAGGGUGCGAGCGGCGGCGCGUGCGCGGCGACGGCGCUGGUGACGGGCGGCGACCUCUACGUGGCGCACCUGGGCGACUGCCGCGCGGUGCUGAGCCGCGACGGCGGCGCGGCGGCUGCGCUGACGGCCGACCACACGUGCGCGGCGGAGGGCGAGAGGGCGCGCAUCGAGCGCGGCGGCGGCUUCGUGAGCCGCAGCGGCAGCGGCGUGUGGCGGGUGCAGGGCAGCCUGGCCGUGUCGCGGUCGUUCGGCGACGCGGGCCUGAAGCGGUGGGUGCUCGCCGAGCCGGCGGUGGCCAGGGUGCCCCUGCGCGCCGGCUGCGAGUUUCUCAUCGUCGCGUCCGACGGGCUCUGGGACAAGGUGGGCAACCAGGAGGCCGUCGACGUCGUCUCGAGGAGCCGGAACGCGGCGGCGACGUCGUCCGUGGCACGUUCUUGCGCGGAGCUCGUGGACAUGGCGCAGCGCAGGGGGAGCAGGGACGACGUCACCGUCAUGGUCGUCGACCUCGAGAGGUUCGUGAGAUAAAAGUGACGGAGCUGAUGAUGGAGGCACUAACUGAAGUGACGAGCUUAGUUAGCAAAUUUGAGCUGAUGGAGGUUAAACGGAGCUUCUUGAUUGAUUGUAAAUAUGCGGUAAACAUCAUUUUUUUUUCUGUCCCUCCCGAUCUGUAAGUAUACGUAGCAGUUAGGAAUGCAGUGUUUGGAGGGUACAGAAAAUUAGGAAGACACUUGCUUUCUGGCAGGUAAUUGUUACUUCUGUUCUUGUUUAAGGAAUGGUUGGUGGUGUACAGAUAACUCAUUUGAAUUUAAGCUCUCGGAC